CGAAGCUCCCAGUUCCCUCCAGGCUCCUCCGUAGGGCGCAGUCCGUCUGCUCUAGCGCGCGCUGCCCUUCUCUAAUAUUAAUCACCGUGAGCUCCCAAACCGCUGCCAGGGUUGAUGGUGAAUCAGGUGGCCGGAAGGAGAGGAGGUAGGGAAUUGGACUCGUUGCAGAUUCCUGCGUACGUUUCAAUUGGCUUCCAAGCAGCAGCAGCAACAGCGGCGGCAGGCGACGAGUCUGCACUCCGCGCCGCGUUCCCUGCACUGCCAGCCUUGAGAUGCUCGUACCCGGCAAAGGGUUCGCUUUCUCCCGAAUCUUUCCCCAUGACGGUAGGAUUUAACCAUGGUGCAAAAAUCCCGCAACGGCGGCGUCUACCCCGGGCCCGCCGGGGAGAAAAAACUCAAAGUCGGCUUCGUCGGCUUGGACCCCGGGGCUCCAGACACCAGUCGAGAUGGGGCGCUGCUUAUCACCGGCUCAGAUGCCACCAAACGCGGUAGUAUCCUCAGCAAGCCGCGCACCAGCAUCUCCGGCCCCGGAAAGCCUCCCAAGAGGAAUGCCUUUUACAGAAAACUGCAAAAUUUUCUCUACAACGUCUUGGAGAGACCGAGAGGCUGGGCGUUCAUCUAUCACGCAUAUGUCUUCCUCUUGGUCUUCUCCUGCCUGGUCCUUUCGGUGUUCUCCACAAUUAAAGAGUACGAAGAGAGCUCAGAUGCGGCACUGUACAUUUUAGAAAUUGUCACCAUUGUCGUUUUUGGUGUGGAGUAUUUUGUAAGAAUAUGGGCAGCUGGAUGUUGCUGCCGCUACCGUGGGUGGCGUGGACGACUGAAAUUUGCCAGAAAGCCAUUUUGUGUCAUAGACAUUAUGGUAUUAAUUGCCUCCAUUUCUGUGUUGGCGGCCGGGACCCAAGGAAAUGUUUUUGCCACAUCCGCCAUCAGGAGUUUGCGAUUUCUACAGAUCCUGAGGAUGAUUCGAAUGGAUCGCAGAGGCGGCACUUGGAAACUUCUCGGCUCGGUGGUGUAUGCACACAGCAAGGAACUCAUCACUGCUUGGUACAUUGGCUUUCUCUGCCUCAUUCUCGCCUCCUUCCUGGUCUACUUGGCUGAGAAAGAAAGCAACAAAGAUUUUGACACAUAUGCUGAUGCCUUGUGGUGGGGACUGAUAACUCUGACCACCAUCGGUUAUGGGGACAAGUAUCCUGUCACGUGGAAUGGACGUCUCCUCGCAGCCACCUUCACCCUUAUCGGAGUCUCCUUCUUUGCACUGCCAGCUGGUAUCCUGGGGUCGGGGUUUGCCCUGAAAGUCCAGGAGCAACAUCGGCAAAAACACUUCGAGAAGCGGAGGAAUCCUGCUGCCGGUCUCAUCCAGGCUGCCUGGAGAUUUUACGCCACCAACCUGAGCCGGACAGACCUCCAUUCAACGUGGAGCUACUAUGAACGCACUGUGUCAGUCCCCAUGUACAGGUUGAUCCCACCGCUUAAUCAGCUGGACCUUCUGAGGAACCUGAAGAGCAAGUCUGGACUCUCGUUUAGGAAGGAGCAGCAGCCGGAGCCGUCCCCAAGUCAGAAGGUCAGUCUUAAGGAGCGCGUAUUCUCCAGCCCCAGGAACUCCGCUGCGAAGGGGAAGGCGUCCCCUCAGGGCCAGGGCAUCCGCCGCUCUCCCAGCGCCGAUAACAGCAUCGAGGAGAGUCCCAGCAAGGUGCCCAAGAGCUGGAGCUUCGGAGACCGCAACCGGGCGAGGCAGGCCUUCCGGAUCAAGGGAGCGGCAUCUCGGCAGAACUCAGAAGCAAUUGAAGGGUUAAUCAAAGCCAGUCUACCCGGGGAGGACAUGGCAGACGACAAUAAAAGCUACAACUGCGAAUUUGUCACCCAGGAUUUGACUCCGGGUUUGAAGGUCACCAUUAGAGCUGUGUGUAUAAUGAAGUUCAUGGUGUCAAAGCGCAAAUUCAAGGAAAGCCUGAGGCCUUACGAUGUGAUGGAUGUGAUCGAGCAGUACUCAGCGGGGCACCUCGACAUGUUGGCGCGCAUUAAGAACCUCCAGUCCAGGGUAGAUUUGAUUGUGGGCCCUCAAUUACCCUCAACUCCCCGGCAUAAGAAGUAUUCAAUCAAAGGAACUGUCUUAUCAUCCAAAGAUUCACCCCAAUACUCUCCUAGGGUCGAUCAGAUUGUUGGCAGAGGGACCCCAAUCACCGACAAGGAUCGGAGCAAAGGAACGAGUGAGUCGGAGCUGCCCGAAGACCCGAGCAUGAUGGGAAGGCUUGGGAAAGUCGAGAAACAAGUGAUCUCCAUGGAACGAAAACUUGAUUUCCUGGUCAACAUUUACAUCCAAAGGAUGGGUAUCCCGCAGUCAGAGACUGAGGCGUACUUCACCACCAAAGAAGCAGAGCCUGCUCCCCCCUACCACAGCCCCCUGGAGAGCAGGGAACAGAUGGAUAAGAACGGAUGCAUUACCAAGAUCAUCCGGUCGAACAGCUCGGGUUGUCAGAAGAAUUUUGAUGCCCCGCCCACUCCAGGAGCCCCACCCACACACUGCCCCCCCUCCACUUCUUGGCAGCAGCAUCCCAUAAGCGAGUACCAGCAGCGUAGCCAAGGAAACUCGCCUGUGGCCGACCCAUCUUCGCUGGUCAGGAUCCCACCUCCACCUUCCCAUGAGCGCUCCUCCUGUGGUCACAACGGCAGCAACAAGGCCGGCCCCGAACACCCGCGCCACGACGACAUGCACCUCAAGCAGCACGACAGUGACACUUCCAUAUCGAUCCCGUCCGUCGACCAUGAGGAACUCGAGCGCUCCUUCAGCGGCUUCAGCAUCUCGCAGUCCAAGGAGAACUUGGAGUUCCUCAAUAACAGCUUCUAUGGCGGCAUGGCCCCAUGUGCUAAAAUCAGACCUUACAUCGCUGAGGGGGAGUCUGACACGGACUCGGACAUUUGCACGCCCUGUGGCCCAUCACCGAGGUCUGCCACUGGGGAGAGCCCAUAUGGUGACAUGGCCUGGGCCAGCUCCAAGUGAAACCAGGACUUUGGCAUCGACCUUUGCCAACAUUUGUUCAGCCAAUGGGGCAGAGGAGGAAACCAAGGGGCCUCUGACUUACCGCGCUUGUAGUGCCCCCAAAUGGGGAGAAGGCCUGCGCCUCCUCAGUGUUGCCCCCACCGUGGUGACCUUCUUCAGUUUUUUUCUACUCUUACUUCACCCUUCUUCUUCUUCUUCAUCUGCCUUUUUAAAGAAAUUCAUUUAUUGGGUUCCAUCGUCUCUGGCGUCACUUUCACACACUCUCUGGAUUCACCUCCGUGCUUUUGGUGAUGGAGUUCUCAAACACAAGUGUUUUCUUAGAGACUCCCUCUCUAAAUGGUCUCGGGGAUUGGUGGUCCGUGUGGCAGAACGGCUCUGGUUUUGCUCAAGGGUGCCCGCCUGCCCCCCAACGAUGGAGACACCGUCAGGUCGGCUGUUGCAUGUUGCCCAGAGCACAGGAACGUUCAGCCGUUUUCAUGAUUUCACUUGGGGGCCCACCUGGGGAGCCUGAUCCUCCCGUUUCCACCUGGAGCUCCAGAACUCUAUUUGAGGAAUUUCGGGUUUCUGCCCCGUUCUCGUCCGUGGCAUGACAACCUAUGUUAUCACUUUAUGCGUUGCACACUUAUCCAAAAAGUAUCAUGAAUGUUCUGCAAAAAGAAAAAAAAAAGAGUAUCUUGUAGUGGUAUUAGUCUGCGUUCCCGCGCCCACCCUUCCACCCGCAUGCUUUGAGAAGAGCAGCGCCCUCUAGUGUUUAAUGCACACUAUCUUUUCUAGUUUUUACCAACGUGUCAUUCUGUCUGCCAGGGAAAUUUUUCCAGCUGCGAGAGCCCACUCAGCGUCUGUUUUCUGGACACUGUGCCGAGGCAAAUUCCUAUAUUUUAUACAAAUGGACAAAGCCAUCUUGAGAAGCUAUCAGGUAAACAAUUUUUUCGAAAAAAUUCUGAUGUUUUAGGGGUCAGGGGAGUCAAAGAAUUCCUUCCCAUCACUUUUUUGGGGGGAUCUGAGCGAAUGGCUGCUGUGAAAUCAAGACUGGGAAAUUAAUUUCUACCCGCGUGAUGCUUGUGUUGGGCGUGCCAACUUAGACAUGCCCCUGCAUUUCACAUGUUAGCAUUUUUCUUAUUUCCUGCAGAUGGGGGGGGGGGGGGGGGGGGGGGGGGGGUUGGCAUCUUAAAUGUCACCAGGUGGGCUGUGGCAGAGUGAAAAGGCGCUUUAUUUAGACUCCCUCCCCAAACACGUUUUGUUUUUCUUUUAAGUGCUGAAGGACAUCUGAUGAAACAACAUGGCAUCCUACAUGACCCUGAACUAAGCAAAAAGGUCCAGGAGUGGCAGCAGGGGGCACCAAUGAGGUUGGGACAUGCCCAACCUCAUUUGCAUAAUGAGUUCCCAUUACUGUAGUGGCAGAGUAUAUUUUAUACUUGGUUGUAGAACAGCGCCACCUCUGGUCACCUCAAUUAGAGAAUUGCAGGGCUGUGUCCACACUUAUUACGUCUCAUUGCCGCUUUCGCCAAAAAUAAUUAUUUUUUAAAUUAUCGUGAUUUUAUGCACAUAUUGUUAUGUUGUGCCUUGUCACAGUCAGCUGUGUGAAACUCGCAUCUUCUGCACUCAGAUUACAGCAUUCUUUGAAUUUGGUGGACAGCUGACCGCUCAAUGGCCACAAAGGGACGUGCAGCCUUCGCACUGGGCUGCCCGUCCGUACCUCACCCUCCUGACGUUUGGGUUUGCGCGUCUUUCACUCGGCUCCUCCACUCGGACUUUUUCCAUGUGAGCAGCAGGAAACUGGACGGCGUUCACGAAUUAAGCAAAGCAAUAAGACUGCAAGUUCCUAGGAUUCUGCUUCGACACAUCCCAUUCCAUCAUGUCUCUAUAGCGCCUUUCAGUCACGCUGGGUGCCUUCUCACCUUUUCGUUACAGGAGUGCAGAGUCUUAACACCACGCCACCUGCUGGCGGGUGGAGGUUAAAGCGAAUCUUCAGUGUCCCUUUAUCCUGUCCAGAGGCUUGGGUGGACAUGUUGCAGGAGCUCAAGUGUGCAUUUCACGCCGAGCAAUUAUUUUGGGUUCACAGGACAGGCAGGGCUGGGACGGGGUGUGGGUCUGUGGAAUUUAUCGCUUUCAUUUUUUGCCUUGCUUGCUUCUUGCACUUUCUUUCCUGAAGACGAUUCCCAUUGGGCUACUUUUACUGGGAGUAGUGGGUGCUUUUGGGAGUAUGUUGGGGGUGGGGGGUUUAGUGGUGCUGAUUGUGAAAAGCACUUUGCACUAAUGCGUUGCACGCUUGGCCUCCCUCAAGCCCCUCCACACCGCAUGCUGCUUUUACAAAGAGCUCGCCCCUGCUGUUUGUCUGCAUCUAUUUCGCCGCUGCUUUGUGCCUGAGCCAAGUUGCUGCAGUAUGUGCAAGUCUCAUUUGGACUUCAUUGGUUACAUUUUAGUUUUUGCUCUGUGCCAUGCCUUGCCCUAAAAUGACAUGGAGCCCUUAGGUUGCAUGUACUGUGGUACCAAGAAAUGGUUCUGAGGCGCCCUCUGGUGGCCGGGGAGUGUCUUCGUGACUUCGCACUGCGCUGUUUACCCGUUUACGUUUUCUCAUUUGAGGACAGAUCAGUGGAGUCUACGUGAGUUUCCACAUUCUGGUUCAGCCUUGCUGCCUCCCCACCUCUGCCGAGGCUGUCAAUUGUAAAUAGCACCGUCUGCACUGAUUCAAAGGAAUGGUGACACGCAUGUCUUUUGCAACAUCUGAAUGACACUAUUCUACUUUUCACAUGUUCACUAGGAUCCGUGUGCUAGAAAGAUGGGAAAUGUAAAAUAAAGUUUCUACAACCUGAA